AGGUAGCCUCGGUCAUAUAUCGAAUCACCCCCUACAUGCACCAAACAACGGAGAGUCUGUCGAGGCACACGAUUGCACCCAAGAAAUAUUGCCGCAAAGAAUAAUAGAGGAAAACGCCAUAAUGACGACUACCGGCGGCGAUGUGACACUCUUCGAGGAGAGCUUCACUAUUACGAAUUUCGACCAGUCCAAGUAUGACCGUGUUGCUCGCAUCUCAGCGACAUCGGCAGACAACCAGACCGUCAUGACCCUCGAUAUCAACAUUGAGUUGUUCCCCUGUGCGGUGUCUGACAACUUGCACGUCGUACUGGCAACCUCCUUGGCGCACGAUGGAAGCAAGGACGAGGAGAAGGGCUGGCGGGAUGUGGCCAAGGGAUCUGGUGGUGGCGCAGAAGCGACACUGGCGGACAUGUUCGAUUACGUGUGCCAUGGGAAAAUCUACAAGUUUGAAGACGCCGAUGAUGGUCAGAUCAUUAAGGCGUACGUCUCAUUUGGAGGCAUGCUCAUGUCUCUGGAGGGUCCAUACAAGAAGCUUACGCCACUGCGCGUCGACUACACAUAUCUCCUGAUUAAGAAAUAAGCAGCUGAACAAGACCAUGAUGUUGUUCAUCAAAAAACACUCAACAUGCCUGCUGUGCGGACGCCGCCGAUGCCAUUACGGGAUGGACGAGGAGCUCCGAUAUUGUCGGACACCAUAGUAUCUGAGGCCAGGGCUUGUUACGCAAAGCGAAGGCUACGAUCGCCCUUUUACAAAAGGACUUAUCAUAAUUGGCCUACAGUCUAGUUCGGGAACGACUCGAACUUGUGGGGGCCGGGAAAGGGGAGCUCGCGGUGCAGUCUGAGCUUUAUCUCGUCGAAGUUGGGCUCAUUGUCCUGCGUAAGGAUGCCAUGCCGGAUCAGGAAGUCAAUGACUACCAAGGCACAGUUCGGCUUGAACUUCCCAAGUGCCAAUUGAUGCUGUACCUCCUCAAUACCGCAGAGCUCGAACCCAGCAACCUCACCGUCCUUAGGUCGCGGAAUGACGUUUGGUUGUAACUCAAGGUCGUAUAUCCAUUGGACUUCGGGGUAGAUUAGGCCAGCUUGACCAUCUUCCUCGUGCGUGACGUAGGUGUAAGUGACUCCGCCAGCUGCCAACGUUUGUCCUCGCACGACGUCCUCAGCAAGGUCCGCCUCUUCGUUCGCCUCCCUGAUGAUGCAUUCAAACGGAUCCUCUCCCGUCAUGAGUCCACCAGCUGCGGUGUUGUCCAACAUGCCGGGGAAAGUAGACUUCGUGGGCGAUCGUCUGGCUAUCCACAUCUUGAUACCAUGCCUUGCCUUUGCACAUCGUACGAAGGCAUUCAGAUGAACGCCGUACCGCGUAACACCAAAAAGGCCGGUAGCGGAUCGCUCCAUGUUAUAGAGUAGCUCUCCAUCGUUUGCGUAAAUGGGCCAUAGCUCGUCCCGCCAUCCGCGA